GAAAAGAGGGAGGGAAAAAGAAAACACCAUUUUGGGAGUAAAUCAAAUUCCAGUCUUCUUCAUCACCUCCACUUUUCGAUCACAUUCCCUAGAGUUUUUUUUCCCAGGAACUUGACAGGGUAAUGCUUAUGUCCUCAUCAUAAACUACAAGAUGCAAGCUCAUCAGAAGAAGAUGAUCAGGAUCUUACUUUUAAUUUCUGUGCUUAUCCAUUCAACUUUAGGGCAAAAGUUGUCAGAGGCUCCAUCACAGAAAUGGCUGACUCUAAAUGGUGAACGGCCCCUUGUGAUAGCCAGAGGCGGGUUCUCAGGACUGUUUCCAGAGUCGAGCUCAUUUGCAAAUCAAAUGGCACAGACUUUGAGUCUGCCGGAUACGGUGUUAUUCUGCAAUCUACAACUAACAAAAGAUGGCAUUGGUAUAUGCCUCUCGGAUAUCAGGCUCGAUAAUUCGACCAAUAUAGCAACGGUAUACCCAAAGGGGCAGAAGACCUACGAUGUAAAUGGAAAGCAAGUGGACGGAUGGUUUGCUGUGGAUUAUACGAUCGAUCAGCUAUUCAACAAUGUAUCAUUGACUCAGGGCAUACUCUCUCGACCAAGUUUGUUUGAUUUACAAUCACCUAUUUCCGCUGUUGAGGAUGUAACGGGAAUUAAACCAGCCCAAUUUUGGUUGAAUGUUCAGUACGAUUCCUUCAAUACACAACACAACCACAGCCCGGCUUCAUAUGUUCAAAAGGCAAUAAGACUUAUGGGUAUCAACUACCUUUCAUCUCCUGAGAUUGGUUUCUUGAAGAGCAUGGCUGGCAAAGUGAACAAAGCCAAGACAAAGCUCGUCUUCCAGUUCCUUGGUGCAGACGAGAUUGAACCCACAUCCAAAAAAAAGUACAGCUUACUGCUGCAGGAUCUUGCCUCGAUCAAGUCAUUUGCAUCUGGAAUCCUUGUUCCCAAAGAAUACAUAUGGCCAGUACAGGCAAACAAGUAUUUAGGAACUCCUACUACGCUUGUAUCUGAUGCUCACAAACAAGGACUAGAAGUAUAUGCGUCUGGUUUUGCAAAUGAUCUUGUUGCAAGCUAUAACUAUAGUUAUGAUCCGACAAAUGAAUACAUUCAGUUUGUUGAUAAUUCUGCGUUUUCUGUUGAUGGGGUGCUUACAGAUUUCCCCCCUACAGCAUCAGAAGCCAUUGGAUGCUUUGCAAAUAAGAAGAAUGUGAGCAAGCCCAUCAAGGGAAAAGCUUUGAUCAUCACUAAAGAUGGAGCAAGUGGAAUCUAUCCUGGCAGCACCGAUCUUGCUUAUCAGCAAGCAGUAGAUGACGGGGCAGACAUAAUAGACUGUUCGGUUCAAAUGUCAAAGGACGGAGUGGCGUUUUGCUUGGAUACAGCUGACCUCGUGGGAGAUACUACUGCUAUGACUACAUUCAUGUCUAGAUCUACUACUGUCCCAGAAAUCCAACCGAAGGCUGGAGUCUUUUCAUUUGACCUAACAUGGAGCGAGAUUCAAACCUUGAAGCCUCAAAUCGCAAGUGUUUACCAGGACUUCCAAAGAAACCCAGCGUACAAAAAUGCGGGUAAAUUUACCAGCCUUCCUGAAUUUCUGGAUUUAGCAAAGACAAAGGCAGUUUCUGGAGUUCUGAUCAACAUUCAGAAUGCUGCCUACCUAGCAUCAAAGAAGGGGCUUGACAUUGUAGGUGCCGUUACCACUGCCUUGAGCAAUGCCACCUUCGACAAGCAAUCCACUCAACAAGUAUUGAUCCAAUCCGAUGACACUUCAGUGCUGUCCAAGUUCAUGAAUGUGCCAACCUAUAAGAGAGUGUUGUCAAUUGAAGACAAAAUCGGUGAUGCACCCAAACAGCCAGUGCAGGAAAUCAAGAAGUUUGCUGAUGCAGUUGCCAUUUCGAGGGCAUCCAUCAUUCAGAUUAAUGAGUACUUCACCACAGCUUUGACCAAUGUUGUUGGGGAGUUUCAGAAAGCAAAUAUCUCAGUCUAUGUCUAUGUCCUGAAGAAUGAGUACAUCACACUCGCAUUUGACUACUUCUCGGAUCCUAUUGUGGAGAUUGCUACUUUUGUUGAAGGAGCCGGAGUUGAUGGGAUCAUAACUGAGUACCCGGGAACUGCUAGUAAAUACAUGAAAAGCCCAUGUACAAAUACAGAUAAACCAGAAUACAACAUCCUACCCGCACAAGCAGGUUCUCUACUUUCCUUGGUUCCUCGUGAAGCACAGCCACCAGCAGAAACACCGCUUCCACCCCUCCAGGUUUCAGACGUUGUUGAUCCUCCACUUCCACCUGUGGCCAACAUCACUGAUGCUGCUCCUUCAACAGUUAAUGGAGCUGAGGCACCUGGUUCAAGUGCGUUGGCAAAUGUUGCGAGCGUGAGCCUUUCUAUGGUAUCAAUCAUUGUGCUUGCUUUAAUAUUCUCCAUAGGACACUGAGACGAUGGAUCAAUUGUGAUGUGGCUUGUGCCAGCCUGAGAUUUUCACUCUCUUACUUCCUUUGAUAUAGUAGACAUUGACAAUUAGCUCGUACCAUAUAAGAGAUUAAUUUGAGUGGAUUUUUAUAAUUAGUGCAUGUAACUACUAACAAGUGUGCAUACAUGUUAGUCAUUUAGCAUAUAUAUACGGAGGCACACAUACCUGAUUUGAAAAUUUUA